GACCACCUGGAGGCGAAGUUCGGCACCCCGGCCCGCGCGUGGCGGGUGCGGCUCGACCUCAAGGGCUGCGGCGUGGUGAGCGCCGCCGAGUUCCGGGAGGGUUGCCGCGCCGUCGGCUGGACCCACCCGCACAUGCCCCUGUGGUACGAGCUGUGCGCCCUCGGAGGCGGUCAGGCCACCGUGCGCGCCCUGGACCCGGAGACCGCGGACGCGGUGGACUGGCUGCGCGAGGAGGUGGAGGAGGGGUUUGGCACCCUCGGAGAGAUGUGGGACGAGGCCCUUGACCCGGAGGGCACGGGGGUCGUGAGCCGCGUCGAGUUCGUGCGGAUCGUCGGCACCGAGCUCGGCCUCGGCCCGCCCGCCGCCCGGCGCGUCUUCGCCACCCUGGACGCCUCGGCCGCGGGCUGGCUGUCGGCCGCGGAGUUCGAGUACCUCGACUUCUUCGGCUGCGGGCCGGCCAUCAGGCAGGCCGCGUCGCCCUCGGCGUCGGUGCGCUCCAGCGACAUGGACGUGACGAUGCGCUCCGCGGCAGGUCCGGGCCCCGGCGCGCGGGGCGCGAGGCGCGCGGGCCCCAGGAUUCCAAUCUGGUCCAACACCACGCGCUCCAACCAGCACAGGGCGAUUUCCUUCACAAGCUCGGUGAAGCACAAGUGGCUGUCGGCGGCCGUGAUGGACAGGUGCAGGACGUCCUCCGAGCCGAGCCUGGAGGAGCAGCAGCACAGCCUGAAGACCACCCUGAGCACCAUGCCGCACAGCCAGGUGUUCCGCUCCACCAACGAGUUCUAUCGGCAGGGCUUGAAGCAGCUUGCCUCCGGCAUCGACCUUGCCACGCAGACCGUUUAG